CGGACCUUACCGAAGCUCAUGGACUAGCGGGAGGUCUGGUGGCGGACUGUAUCGGACUCGUAGGUGACUCAGUGGACCAUGGCUGCCAAAGAGGACCUCUACAGCAAAAUUCUCCCUCGGAGGCUCCGGCAGAACCGGUCGGGUUCAGUGAAAUGUGGCUCCAACCUGGACGUGCUGUUAUCCAUGGGCUUCCCCCGACCGAGGGCACUGAAAGCUCUGGUAUCAACAGGAGGUCGAAGUGUACAAGCAGCAUGUGACUGGCUGUUCUCCCAUGUGGACGACCCGUUCCUGGACGACCCUCUUCCCCGGGAAUUCGUCCUGUACCUGCGGCCCAGCGGACCACUACAGAACCAGCUUUCCCACUUCUGGCAACAGAGCCGGGUCACUUGUGGCAAAAACAAAGCCCACAAUAUCUUCCCCCACAUCACCCUCUGCCAGUUCUUCAUGUGUGCAGACCACAAAGUAGAAGCUCUGGGCGAGGCCCUGCAGUCCUGCGUCCAGCAGUGGCGAGGUCGAUUCCCCAGCCCGCUGCCUUUAGAGCUCUACACAUCCUCCAACUUCAUCGGUCUCUUCGUGGAGGAGCAGGUGGCCGACAUCCUCAAGCAGUUUGCGGCCGACUUUGCCACAGAGGCCACCAGGAAGGCAGAAGUCCAUGUGGAGCCUCAUAAGAAGCAGCUCCACGUAACUCUGGCCUACAACUUCCCCACAAACCACCUCCCAUCACUGGAGAAACUGGCCAAAGGAAUCGAAGUCAAGCUAGGCUGUGAUUGGCUGGCUGUCCUGUUCUCCCGGGACAUUCGUUUUGCAAACCACGAGACGCUGCGGGUGAUGUACCCCUACAUGCCUCAGAACGAAGAUGAGCUGGAGCUGGUUCCUGGCGAUUUUGUCUUCAUGUCUCCGGUGGAUCAGACUAGCACCAGUGAGGGCUGGGUGUACGGGACAUCGUUGUCCUCCGGGCUGUCCGGCCUGCUGCCUGAGAACUACGUGAGCCUGGCCGACGAGUCAGACACCUGGGUCUUCCAUGGCUCCCAUUCAUUCUUCAGCUGUGGGCCCAGUGACAAGAGCAGCAAGGAGAGAGGGAUGUUUGACGGACUGCUGGACAGCCGACGACCCGAAAACACGAGUCCCGGAGACACACACCCCCUCAGUCUCAUUUGUCAUCCAAUGCAGGUCCUGCGGAUUAGCGGCAGUCACUCCAGGCAGCCCAAGCGGACACUUUUUGUCUGUCGGCACGGUGAGAGGAUGGAUGUGGUCUUUGGAAAACACUGGCUCUCCCUCUGCUCGGACAGUAAAGGUAGAUAUGUACGCUCCAAUCUCAACAUGCCUCCCAGUCUGCCGCUGUGGGGCGGACAGAGGGAUUAUGACAUGGACGCUCCUAUCACCGUGUUUGGAUCCACACAGGCUCGACUAGUGGGUGAGGCCCUGUUAGAGAGUAACACAGUGAUAGACUUUGUAUACUGCUCUCCCUCUCUGCGUUGUGUCCAGACUGCACAGAACAUCCUGAAAGGUCUGCAGCAGGACGGGAAGCUGAAGGUGCGAGUGGAACCGGGCCUUUUUGAAUGGACCAAGUGGGUUUCUGGAAGCUCCCUGCCUGCAUGGAUACCUCCCACGGACCUGGCUGCAGCCCACUUCAGUGUAGACACAACGUACAGACCUCUGAUCCCAAUCAGCAAGCUCUCUGUGUCUGAACCGUACGAGAACUACAUGAGCCGGAGCUACCAAGUGACCAAAGAUAUCCUGUCAGACUGCAAAAACGUAGGAAACAACGUGCUGAUUGUAGCCCACGCUUCUUCCUUAGAGGCCUGCACACGCCAGCUGCAGGGCCGCGGCCCGCAGAGCGCCAAGGAUUUCAUCCAAGUAGUCCGAAAGAUCCCCUACCUGGGCUUCUGCUCCUGUGAGGAGCAGGGAGACACGGGGGUGUGGCAGUUAGUGGACCCUCCCAUCCUCCCCCUCACACAUGGACCAAACCACUCCUUUGACUGGAGGGAGACACUUCUGCAAGAAUGACGUCCGAUCUGAGCUCCGUCCCGCCUGAUCGUACUGUGCUCCCACUGACUGCAGCACCAAGUUUCAGAACCAGUAACCCCAAAAAUACUGGAAGCUUUCUGUUUUCAGCCUCUUCUCACAGCUGCAGGCUCAGCAGCGACGCUCUCAAGAAGCUUCCUGAGUGAAGAAGAGGAGCAGAGACCCAGCAGUGAACUGACUGCUUCCCUUUUCAGGCUGGUUUCAAUAAUGAUUCAGCAAAAUUCUUAAAUGUCAUUGCAUUUUUUAUUUUAUUUUUGCAAGAAUGAGGGAGACGUUAGUUUGGGGCAGUAUGGAGGUUAGCUGCACUGUGUGGCAGAGCGCUCACUGAAAGUCUAAACAUCCCAGUCUCAGAAAAUUUAGUAAAAUUAGUAGGAGUCGACCGAUAUUGGUUUUUCAGGGCCAAUACUCAGUGAGACCGAUAACCGAUAUUUGGAACCGACAUG